AUGUGGUGGUUAUAUCCAGGUGAUAUUGGAAAGCGAGUUAUUCUGCCUCCAAGUUAUACAGGAAGCCCGCGUGAUAUGCAUCAAAGGUAUUAUGACGCCAGGGCAUUGGUUCAGAAAUACGGCAAACCUGAUUUUUUUAUAACCAUGACAUGUAAACCUAAGUGGGAGGAGAUCCAAAAGGAAUUAAAACCAUGGCAACAUGCACAUGACAUGCCAGAUCUCACGACGAGAGUGUUUCAUUCUAAGUUUGAAGAACUGAAGACAGUUUUGUUCACUAAAGGGGUUCUAGGAAAGGUUGUUGCACAUGUUCAUGUCAUUGAGUGUCAGAAAAGAGGCCUUCCACAUGCACACAUUCUUAUCAUUCUCGAUGAAAGAGACAAGCUAUGUAGCCCAGAUGACUAUGAUACAGUUGUUAGAGCAGAAAUACCCGACCCGGAUAUUGAACCAGGGCUAAGGCGAGAUGAUGGUAGAGAAGUUACAUUCGACAAUGGGAAGGUGGUGAAUAAUAGUUGGGUAGUUCCGUAUAAUCCGUGGCUUUUAAAGAAGUAUGACUGCCAUAUCAAUGUGGAAAUUUGUUCAAGUGUGAAAUCUGUAAAGUAUUUGUACAAGUAUGUUUGGAAAGGGGUAGAUUGUGUGUGUAUGGAGGUUUCUAGUGAGAAAGGUGUCGAAGAUGAGAUCAAGCAGUUUGUAGAUGCCCAUUGGAUCUUCCCGCAAGAAGCACUCUGGAGAAUAUGCAGGUAUCAGAUGAAUAAAAUUUCUCCACCUGUAGUCUCAUUACAAAUACACCUCAAGGAUCAUCAAAAGACUUUACUUCCAGAAGGGAGGACUGUGCGAGAUGUACUACAACGAGAGAGGGCUUCCCGUACAAAGCUUACCGAGUAUUUUAAGAAAAACGCAGAAGAUGAGUUUGCAAGAACCCUUUUAUAUAAGGAAUUUCUGGAGCAUUAUGUAUGGGAUCAAUCAUUAAUGCAAUGGAAUAGAAGGCGGCGUAACAACAGAGUCAUUGGAAGAGUUGAUGUUGUUUCAACUCGCACUGACAAUUACUAUUUGAGGCUUCUGUUGAAUCAUGUUAGGGGCCCAACUUCUUAUGAGGACCUUUUGAAGGUAGGUUCUGUUACCUUUUCGACAUACAGAGAAGUGGCGCAUCAUCUUGGUUUGUUAGAAAGUGAUACUGCCAUGCGUGAUACACUUCUUGAAGCAACACAAGUGCAGAUGCCUUCGUCUUUGAGAAGGCUUUUCUGCACGAUAUUAGCCUUAUGGAACCCAACUGGAGUUCGCGAAUUAUGGGAUGAAUUUCUUCCACACCUGAUUGAAGAUCACCUCCGCUCCAACACAUAA